AUGACCGUUCCUCAAAAAUCGUGCAUUUCAAGCAGUGAAUACACACCGAAACCAUUCCCCGAAUCGGGUCCCCACGUUGAUGGCGGCGGUGUUCCCGAUCGGGGGUAUGGGUUUGAUAUGCUUAUUGAGUUGAUACCCAUAAAACACUUGGAUCAGACCAAUGUGGUCACCACCACCAUUCAAGCCUGUGGAACCGCCGUCGCCACCGCUUCAACCACCAACACCAAUCUCGCUUCUACGUACGAAGAUGUCAUAGCCGCCACUCCGAUUUCCAUUCCCACCACCGCCCCCACCCACUUGUCCGACAAAACAUGUUCCAACACCUAUCUUAAAACCACCCUCUUCAAACCCCUACUAACCAAAACCACCCCCACAUCCUUCACUUUCACCCACCAAACUUUUUCACCUCUUUCCGCUAAAAACCCAAUCUCCGAAUCAUACCCCGAUGAAUAUGAUGACGACAAGCCCCGUGAAGAGUGCGGUGUGGUGGGUAUCUAUAAUGACCCGGAGGCCUCACGUAUCUGCUACCUAGGUCUCCACGCGCUCCAACACCGCGGUCAAGAAGGCGCCGGAAUCGUCACCGCCACACCAGACGGCGUCCUCAAAUCCGUCACCGGCGUGGGCCUCGUCUCCGAAAUCUUCAACCAAUCAAAACUGAACCAACUCACCGGCAACAACGCCAUCGGCCACGUCAGAUACUCCACUGCCGGCCAGUCCAUGCUCAAGAACGUGCAACCCUUCGUCGCUAGCUACCGCUUCGGCCAUGUCGCCGUCGCCCACAAUGGUAAUUUGGUAAACUAUCAAACCCUAAGGGCAGAAUUUGAAAAAAAUGGGUCUAUUUUUGCUACUAGUUCGGAUACUGAAGUAGUGUUACAUUUAAUUGCUGCAUCUCAAGAAAGACCGUUUCUUAUAAGAGUUAUUGAAGCUUGUAUGAAGCUUAAAGGGGCUUAUUCAUUGGUGUUUUUAACUGAAGAUAAGUUAGUUGCUGUUAGGGAUCCUUUUGGGUUUAGACCGUUAGUUAUGGGUAGACGAAGAUAUGGCGCCAUAGUGUUCGCGUUGGAGACGUGCGCGCUUGAUCUAGUCGAGGUGAAAUACGUGCGAGAAGUGGAACCGGGCGAGGCUGUGAUCAUAGACAAAGAUGGUGUUCAAUCUAUGUGUUUGUUGCCACACGCGGAGCCAAAAUCGUGUGUUUUCGAGCACAUUUACUUUUCGUUGCCGAAUUCGGUUGUUUUUGGGAAGUCGGUGUACGAGUCGAGGCGAAAGUUUGGGGAAAUUUUGGCUACCGAGUCUCCGGUGGAUUGCGAUGUGGUGAUCGCCGUCCCGGAUUCUGGGGUGGUCGCGGCGAUCGGGUAUGCAAAUAAGGCGGGUGUACCGUUUCAACAGGGUUUGAUUCGGUCGCAUUAUGUCGGGAGGACGUUUAUCGAGCCCUCGCAGCAGAUUCGGGAUUUUGGGGUUAAGUUAAAGGUGUCGCCGGUUCGGGCGGUUUUGGAGGGAAAACGGGUCGUGGUGGUUGACGAUUCAAUCGUCCGAGGAACAACGAGUUCCAAGAUAGUUCGGAUGUUGAAAGAAGCCGGAGCGAAAGAGGUGCAUAUGAGGAUCGCAAGCCCGCCUAUCAUCGCUUCUUGUUACUAUGGGAUUGAUACGCCGAGCUCAGAAGAGUUGAUAUCAAAUAGGAUGAGUGUUGAGGAGAUUCGGGAAUUCAUUGGGUGUGAUUCGCUUGCGUUUUUGAAGAUUGAUAGCUUAAAGAAGAUGUUGGCGGGUGAUUCGCCUAACUUUUGCUACGCAUGUUUCUCGGGGAACUACCCCGAGUUGGAUUGUUAAGCGGGUUGUCGAUUUGAUUGAUGGGGGUUGGCUUUAAGAUCAAAAGAACAAAAAGAGAAGGAUUUGAGUGUGAAUUAUGAAGAACAAGUUGGUAUAGGGCGAGUUUAGCCGGAAAGAUUGACUUUUUUUUGUUGGGCAAGAAUUUUGAGUUUUCUUGAACUAACUUAUUUUUUUAUGUUUUCUUAAUAUGGAUUUGGAGUCUUUUUGUUUUUUAUUUUUUAUUUUUUAUUUUUUUCUCAUGUUGUUUGUUUUGUUUUUUUAAGCAGCUACAAAUGAGUUUACCCUGACCAGCUUACCAAUGGAACCAAACAAGCUCUAGAAACAAAGCAUAUAGGAGGUCCCUAUGGACAGAUGGAGGAUUUAGAGCGGCUACAUAGAUACACUUCUUGUUAGACUGCCUCCAAUGCUUCAAGUGUAGAGGAUGCAUUUUUACUGAUGUGGAGGCAGCAUGUGGGAAGGAUGUAAUGGAGUGGGUGAUGAAGGGGAAGGCUUGUAGGUGGGAAAGUGCAACCAAAUGCAAGAGAAUGGUGGGCCCAUGUGAGAGAGGUGAUGUGGAAGAGAGAGGAUGCAUGUGAGAAAGAUGGAUUGGAGUUAAAAAGAGAAGAGAGAAUGCAUAUGAGAAGAAUGGGUAAAAAGCUGAUAUGGCAGUGAUAAAUAGGAUGCAUGUAGUAAUGCAGGCCGUUGCAUUGGAGACCGUCUUAUAGGAGGUCUCAUAGGUUUAUAUUUAAUUUUUGACCAUUUGAGAUUAAAACGCAAGCCAAGUAAACAAAACCCAUUCAUUAGUACAUGGGUCGGAAUACAAACCAAACUUAUCUUGAGUAAACAGUUUUGGCCAUAGCAUCUCUACUGAUAGAAGUAAAACUUAAGUUUCUCGAAAGGUUUGAAGGAAAAACAUUCUAAACAUAUUGGAAUUUACGUAUUUAUCUUUUAUAUUUUUUUUGUUGUAUCUUAUCUUUUAAGUAGGCAUGGUAGGUCCAUUCUAGUAGGUGUUAGUUAGCUAGUUUUACGCUAGUUUAGUUUGACUUUUUUGUGUAUAUUACUGUUUUCGAUGAAUGAGAUAGUGUGAAGAAUUAUUCCCAAA